AUGGAACAAUCAAGCAUAGAAGAACAAAAGUAUGGAAAAUGUAUGGAAUGCAAAAAAUUGGGUAAACUAAUGCGAACAUCAAUCUUAGGUCCAUCAAUCUUAUGUCAGAUUUGUGAUUCAAAUUUGAAAGCACAAAAAUUUGGAAGAUGUAUAGAAUGUAAACAAGAAAAUACAGGACAUAAUUGGUGUCAAACUUGUAAUUCAAAAAGGUUUCAAAAUGAUUUUAAUAAUUGGACUAGUGGUAAUGAUGAUAUUGACAAAUUUAUUCAAAAUACUCAAUUAUCAGCAUGGGAUAGUUAUCAAUUAUUAGAGUGGAUACCAUAUGAUAAAUUUUCAAAAGUUAAAUAUAUUGCAAAAGGUGGAUUUGGUCAAAUUUAUAAAGCAACAUGGAAAGAUGGUUAUAUAUUUCAUUGGGAUGUUAGUAAAAAUCAAUGGAAGAGAUUUAGCGAAAAGAGUAAUAAAUUUGUAGCUCUUAAAAGUUUGAAUAAAUCACAAAAAAUUACAUAUGAAUUUAUUAAUGAGGUAAAGGAUUAA